CUGCUCAGAGGCUCCUUGUUAUGUUUUGGGGAAGAGUGAGGUGGAGCACAUAACGCUUAUCUAGGUCAGCUACACACCAUGAGAGGCUGCUCUGUGUACCUUUUCUGCACGUUCGUGUGCAUCACCAAACGCUUUUACGCCGAUUCUGUGAUCCAGACGGAGGAAUACAAAGCGAAGGAAAGACAUUUACGAUACUUCGUGACGAGGGACGGCAACGAAAAGCAACUGAUCAACGAUUUACAUGAAGUUCUGGAUAGACUUCAGAAAAAUCAACUUUCCGCUCUGAGAAAAAAAUACGGUCACCUGCCCAUGUGUGAUCCGGGAGAACAGUGUGCACUGAGGAAAGGCUCCAGGAUUGGGAAGCUGUGCGAUUGCUCGCUGCCAAGAACAUGUAACUCUUUCUUCCAUCGGUGUUUAUGAGCUGAUCACAUCUAACGUCUAACCUCGCGAAAAUAAAUAAAUAAAUAAUAACUGAAGCUUAAAGCUCACAUUAACUUAACGUAUUCAAUUGAAUGUUUGACGUAGCUAUAAAUCCAUAAACAAAAACUUUUUGUUUUAGUUUUAUAGCGUGAAUGUAUUUAUGCUUCAUUUAAUAAAUGAUUUCUACUGAGUAA